AUGCUCGCUCAGGUGGCCCGACCAUCCAGACAUGCUGUAGCACGACUAUUCGAUAGCCGCUGCUUUCUUCUGCUUGUGCGGGCUCCUCCAUCUCGACAGCAAACGGUAGUAUGUCGACUCAAGGGUGUCUGCGUACGAGGCAUUGGCACCUCGGCCUCCCACCUGCGCCGUUAUCUCAUAUCUGAAGGCCGUGCAACCACACCCGCAGCGGGCAAGACCUCAGCGGACUCGAAUUCGUCCACCACAUCCCCUCCGAGGCCGUCCUAUCCCUUCUAUUUCGAAACUGGCUAUUCCAUCUUUGCCAAACGACCAUCCCGCCCGUUUCCGCCUCCGUUCGUCUUCCUCCCUUCCGGCUCCUUCUCCGACCCUCUCACAACGCACAAUCCCUCCUCCGUUGCGCGUGGCGCCCGCCGUCCCACCGUGAAUGGAGAACCUGUUCGUGGCAUAACAAACGGCGAUGACGCGAUUAUUAUAUCGGCGGAUCGGACCUUCGUUGCCGUCAAUGAUGGCGUGGGAGCAUGGGCUCAGAAAGAGAGGGGCCACGCAGCCCUUUGGAGUCGACUGAUUGCACAUUUCUGGGAUGUCGAAGUUGAGAAGUCUCUCGCAGGACCCGACGGGAAGAACUCGGUGGAUUUGGGAGAUAUCGACCCCGUGCAGAAUCUCCAGGAUGCGUACGAUGCGACCAAGAAAGCCACCAAGGGGACAUUGAACAAGGAUCGUGAUAAUGAAGUCUAUUCGGAGGGUGAAGAGGGCGAUCGCAAGCGAGGAGAUGAUGAAGAUCCAUCUGCUCCCUCGACUUCGCAAGAAAGCAAGGAUUCCAAGGAUUCCACCAAAAAUGACAUUCUCGGGACGACGACGGCCUCUUCGGCCCUUCUCUACUACAAACCACCUUCUGGAUCACAGUCCGAACCCACGCCAGUAAUCUUCGCCACGACGCUGGGUGAUUGCAAAAUCCUCCUUAUACGACCCUCUCCGACUUCAUCGCCGUCCGAGAAAGAAAGCAAGGAUGACAAAUCCGAUCGCAUCCUCUACCGGUCCAAGGAACAAUGGCACUGGUUCGACUGUCCCCGCCAGUUGGGCACCAACUCGCCGGAUACGCCCCUCAAGAAUGCCGUCUGUGACUUGGUCGAUAAUGUCCGCAUCGGUGAUGUGGUUGCCGUUCUGAGUGACGGUGUGACCGACAACCUGUGGGAACAUGAGAUCUGCGAUAAUAUCUGCGAGAGCAUCUCUCGCUGGAACGGUUGGGAGGACCAGUCGCAGACAGCCACCCACAAGGAGGAGCAAGAGCUCGAGGAGGCCAAAAAGGAUGGCGUGAUCUAUGUGGCGCGACGGCUGAUGAACGCCGCCAGGGAGAUUGCCAUGGAUCCCAACGCCGAGUCGCCUUACAUGGAGAGGGCGUUUGAUGAGGGUAUUGCGGCUGAAGGGGGCAAGUUGGACGAUAUCUCGGUUAUCAUUGGAGUCGUGAGGAAGACGGAGUCAUGA